CCACAGCCACUAACAAGUUCAAGCGGCCAACAAAACAAGCACUUGAUAUUUUCUUCAUGGCCAUUCCGAUAAUGUCUGCGCCUCUAUUUGAAAAGGUAUUUCCCAAAAACACAUACCAAAGAGCUGUGGAUAUCGCUUUCUUGUUCCUUCUCCUUUGCCUUUUAAUCUAUCGUCUCCUGUCUCUGAACAAUCAUGGACUCGCUUGGUUUCUCGGUUUCUUAUGCGAGUUAUGCUUCACUAUCAAUUGGAUUGUCAUCGUUUGCACUCGGUGGACUCCUAUGUUGUACAAGCCAUUUCCUGAACGCCUCCAGCGACGGGUGCCUGAUCUUCCACCGGUGGACGUGUUUGUAACAACAGCUGAUACUGUGCUAGAGCCACCUAUCCUCACUGUGAACACUGUGCUAUCUUUGUUAGCAGUUGAUUACCCAGCUAACAAGCUCGCUUGCUAUGUCUCCGAUGAUGGCUGCUCACCUCUAAUCUUCUAUUGUCUCAGUGAAGCCACUAAAUUUGCUAAGCUUUGGGUGCCAUUCUGUAGGAAAUACAAUGUUCAAGUUAGAGCUCCCUUUCGGUACUUUAUGGAUGAGUCUACACCGUCCACUGCAAAUUCUAAUGAUUUCCAACGGGAAUGGAAAUAUAUGAAGGAAGAGUAUGAGCAGCUUAGCAAACGCAUAGAGAAUGCAGCGCAACAGCCUUUUCCCAUUGCUCUAACUGGCGAAUUGGCCGUUUUCUCUGAUACUGAACCGCGAAACCAUCCGACAAUACUCAAGGUCCUAUGGGAGAACAAGGAGGGUCUGCCAGAAGGGUUGCCACAUUUAAUUUAUGUAUCGAGGGAGAAGAGGCCAAAGAAUCCCCAUUAUUACAAAGCAGGAGCUAUGAAUGUACUAACUAGAGUGUCCGGGUUGAUGACAAAUGCUCCUUUCAUGCUUAAUCUGGACUGCGACAUGUUUGUCAACAACACACAGAUUUUUCGACAGGCUAUGUGUCUCAUGCUCGGUUCUAAUAGUGAAAAAGACUUGCUGCUUGUGCAUGAAUAUAUCGGGAAAGGAAUAGUGGGAAUUCAAGGACCUUACUACGGAGGAACAGGAGGUUUUCUUAGACGAAAAGUUAUCUAUGGCCUAUGGCCGGAUGAAGUGGAAAAUCAAGAAAAAUUAUCUGAUAAUGCAUUACUCAAAGAAUGUGGAAAUUCAAAGGAGUUUAUCACAUCAGCCGUUGAUGCGUUGAAAGGGAAGACCGACAAUUUUCCCAGCAACCCGUCUAAAUCUCUUGAGGCAGCUCACCAAGUUGCAAGUUGUAGCUAUGAGUACGGCACUGGCUGGGGUAAAAAGUUUGGGUGGAUAUAUGGAUCUCUAGUAGAAGAUAUCUUGAUAGGGUUGACCAUCCACAUAAAAGGGUGGAGAUCAGGAUAUUGCUCACCAGACCCUCCAGCCUUUCUAGGAUGUGCUCCACCUAACGGGCCGGCGGUGAUGGUCCAACAAAAGAGGUGGGUAACUGGGGUGCUUGAAAUCUUUUUCAGCAAACACAAUCCAAUAAUAGGUACCCUCAAUGGCAACCUUCAAUUCAGGCAGUGCUUGGCGUAUUACUAUAUCAUUCUGUGGGGCUUCCGUCCCAUUUUUGAGCUUUGCUAUGCCACUCUGCCAGCCUACUGCAUCCUCACCAACUCCAAUUUCUUGCCUAAGGUACAAGACCCGGGCAUAUAUUUUAUUGUGGCUCCUUUUGUGAUCUACUAUCUGUAUACUCUAUCAGAGUUCAUUAGAACUGGUUUCUCAGUCUAUACAUGGUGGGUAAGCCAAUGUAUGGCAAGAAUUGUGGCAAUGACUGCGUGGUUGUUUGGAGUUGUAAAUGUGAUACUGAAGCUCCUAGGAUUAUCUGAGAUGGUUUUUGAAAUUACAGAGAAAGGUCUAUCGACUUCUGGUGAUGAUGAAGGUAAAUUUGUGUUUAAUGAGUCGCCGGUUUUUGUGUCGGUGACGACGGUUGUGCUGGUGCACCUGACCGCAUUGGCUACCUGCUUCUUAGGCUUACAACCACUGCCAGGCCUAGCUGAAUUCUUUUACAGUGUGCUUGUGUUGGUAGCUUUUUGGCCGUUUGUAGAAGGUCUGUUUAGGAAAGGAAAAUAUGGGGUCCCCUUAAACACCAUUUAUAAAUCUUCUGCUCUAGCGAUAUUUUUUGUAUAUUUGUGCAAAUUGUAAAAGGUCCUGGAAUUGAGAUGAUAAAUGUUCCUGCAACAUGUCAUAAGAUUAAUAUUUAUUUAGCCUUCAUCGUGUUGCUUUUACUCGAUGCAAGAACAAGAAGUUGUUCAAUCAAAAUAUCAUACUGUGUUUUAUCAUCA